AUGGUUUCGAGUUCACUUUUCGCCCGAUGGGCUGCUCUCGCCAGCCUGGUAGGGCCGUCCCUGGCCGCCACCACAGAGGAAUGGAAGCACCGCUCCGUCUACCAAGUGAUGACAGACCGGUUUUCGCGCACAGACGGCUCCCUCACGUACCCCUGCAACACCACGGAAGGUCUCUACUGCGGUGGAACAUGGCAAGGGCUAAUCAACAAGCUGGAUUACAUCCAGGGGAUGAACUUCGACGCGGUGAUGAUAUCGCCCGUAAUGGAAAACAUCCCGGGUCGGGUCUCGUACGGAGAGGCCUACCACGGCUACUGGCCGCUGGAUCUGUACAAUCUCAACUCACAUUUCGGGACUCACGAGGAUCUGCUCGACCUCAGUGCGGCCCUCCAUAACCGCAGCAUGUAUCUGCUCGUCGAUAUGGUCAUCAACAACAUGGCGUACAUGACCUACGGCAACGACCCGGCCACAACCAUCAACUACACCGUUUUCACCCCCUUCAACAGCUCGACCUACUUCCACUCGUACUGCAUCAUCACCAACUGGAACAACUACACGGACGCCCAGCUGUGCCAAACCGGAGACGACGAGGUCGCGCUCCCCGAUCUGUUCACAGAGCACGAGGUCGUUCAGGAUCUGCUCGAGAGCUGGUCCAAGGAUCUCGUGGAAACCUACUCCAUCGACGGCCUGCGUAUCGAUGCCGCCAAGUCCGUCACCCCCAGCUUUCUGCCCAAAUAUGUCGACGCCGUGGGCGGCUGGAUGACCGGCGAGGUCAUGGACUCGCGCGCCUCUAUCGUCUGCGACUACCAGAACAACUACCUGCCCAGUUUGCCCAACUACCCGCUGUACUACUCGAUGCUGACGGCGUUCAUCUCGAACAACAUCAGCGCGCUGCUCGCGGAAACCCAGGAAAUCAAGAAUCUGUGCGACGACCCGACAGCCAUGGCGGUCUUCUCCGAAGACCAGGAUAUCGCACGGUUCGCCAGUCUGGACGACGACAUGGCUCUUGCCAAGAACGUCAUCACAUUCGUUAUUCUCUUCGACGGCGUGUCGAUGAUCUACCAGGGCCAGGAGCAGCACCUGAAAGGCGAUGGGGUGCCCUCCAACCGCGAAGCGAUGUGGCUAGCCGGCUACAACGAGACCUCGGAGCUAUACCUGCUUAUCAAGAGCCUCAACGCGAUCCGCAAGCACGCCUACAACCUGGACAACACGUACUCGGACCAGCAAUCGAUCAACAUCUACGAAGGCAGCAGCGAACUGGCCUUCUGGAAGGGCACCUACGGCCGGCAAGUGAUCAUGGUGAUCAACAACCAAGGCUCGACCGGCGGCGCCUACAGCCUCACGCUCCCGAUGACCUACGGCGCCGGCACGGCAGUCACUGAGGUUCUCACCUGCGGCAACUACACAGUCAACGACAACAGCGAACUGAUCGUCGAGAUGGACGCCGGGCUCCCGCGCGUCUUCUUCCCCACCGCCUACAUGGAAGGCAGCGGCAUCUGCGGCUACAACUACUCGAACGUGUCGUACGCAGACCUGAAGCUGAAGAACGCGGGCGAGUCGACGUCGCUGGGCGUGCAGUCCAGCACCGUCCCCAGCGUUCUGCUUUCGCUUCUCCUGUCUCUGAUGGUCGGGCUGUUUGUGGGGUCGCUGUAG